GGCGGCGGCGGCGCGGGCUGCGUCGGACGAAGAGCCGCUCCUCGACUCGGAGGCGGCGGCUGAAGACGAAGACGGGCCGCCGCCUCCUCCUCCUCCUCUGCCUCGGCCGCGGGAAUCCCCUCAGCCGCCGGUCGCCGAGCCGCUGUCGUCGUCGUCUGAGGAAGCGGCGGCGGCGACGACGGGAGCGGCUCCCGAGGGGCUUCCUCCGCGUCACCGGCGCCCGCCGCCCCACCACCACCACUCCCCGGGCCACAGGCGGAGGCGGCGGCGAGGCGGAGGCGGCGGAAACCGCCUCCUGCUCCUCGGGCCCCUCAUGGACGGAGGAGGCGGCGGCGCGGGCGGGCUGCUCUACCCGCCUCUGGGCCGCGACGACGAGGACGACGACGACGACGAGGAGGGCGACGACGAGGACGACGACGAGGCGCUGGGCGACGACGAGGAGGACGGGCCGGGCCGCGGCGGAGCGGGGCAGCUGGGCAGCAGCGAGAGCGCCGGCAGCGGGCUGUCGUUGUCGGGCGGCGGCGGCGGAGGCGCCCCGGAGCCUCGCAAGCGAGCGCGGGGCUCCGGCAGUCUGGCUGGCCGCGCCGCGUCCACCACGUCGGCGGCUUCUUCUGUGGGCGGCGGCUCCCGGGGCUACGAGGUGGUCCGCGAGCUGGGCCCCGAGGAGGUGCGCUGGUUCUACCGCGAGGAGCGCAAGACCUGGAAGCCCUUCAUCGGCUACGACUCGUUGCGCAUCGAGCUGGCCUACCGGGCCUGGGGGCUUCUCGAGAGGAAGGCCGCGCCCGCAGCCCAAGCGGAGGGGGUUGCCACCACCGCCGCAGGCAGCAGCAGCAGCCCCGAGGCCUUCGAGCCCGGCUCGCCGGGCAUCCCUCCGUCGGAGCCCGUGUGCGUCCGCGGAGGCCUCUACGAGGUGGAUGUGGCCAACUCCGAGUCCUACCCGGUCUAUUGGAACCAAUCUGAGAAGAUCCCUGUGAUGCGUGGGCAGUGGUUUGUUGAUGGCACAUGGCAGCCACUAGAAGAAGAAGAAAGCAAUUUGAUAGAACAAGAACACCUCAGCUGUUUCAAGGGGCAGCAGUUGCAAGAAAACUUUGACAUGGAAAUAUCAAAACCUUUAGAUGGAAAAGAGGUUAUCUACCACCUCCCUCCCUUCUCCCUCCAUUCUCUGUUCAAAUGGAGAGGAUAUAAGGAGAAUACAGAGGCUGCAGGGCUUAAACGCAAGUGGUCUGAAGCUGUUCAUAGUUUGAAGCUUAGUCGCACCCAUGUGGACUGGCACAGUGUGGAUGAAGUGUAUCUUUACAGUGAUGCAACAACGUCAAAAAUCGCAAGAACUGUCACACAGAAGCUGGGUUUUUCCAAAGCUUCAAGCAGUGGGACCAGGCUGCAUAGAGGUUAUGUUGAAGAGGCUACGUUAGAAGACAAGCCAUCACCAACAACUCAUAUUGUAUUUGUUGUACAUGGCAUUGGUCAGAAAAUGGACCAAGGAAGGAUUAUUAAAAACACUGCCAUGAUGCGGGACACUGCAAGGAAAAUAGAAGACAAAUACUUUAGCAACCUUGCAACACAUGUUGAGUUCCUGCCAGUUGAAUGGAGAUCUAAGCUUGCACUCGACGGAGACACUGUUGACUCUAUUACUCCUGAUAAAGUCCGUGGCUUGAGGGACAUGCUUAACAGCAGCGCAAUGGACAUAAUGUACUACACAAGUCCCCUCUACCGAGAUGAGCUGGUAAAAGGCCUUCAACAGGAGCUGAAUCGUUUGUACACGCUUUUCUGUACACGGAAUCCAGAGUUCAUAGACAAGGGCGGCAAAGUAUCCAUUGUGUCACAUUCCUUAGGAUGCGUAAUCACAUACGACAUCAUGACAGGAUGGAAUCCAGUUAUACUCUACGAACAGUUACUUGAGAAGGAGUAUGAUGACCUCGAGGACACCUGGAUGAGCUACGAGGAGCAGCAUAUGCUAGAAGAGUUUUAUUUGACCAAGCGGCGAUUGAGGGAGAUAGAAGAGAGGUUGCAUGGACUGAAAAAAUCCACCAUAUCUAAGACACCUGCCUUAAAAUUCAAGGUUGAGAAUUUCUUCUGUAUGGGAUCUCCAUUAGCAGUGUUUUUGGCCUUGCGUGGCAUCCGACCAGGAAACAGUGGAAGUCAAGAUCACAUUCUGCCCAGAACUAUUUGUAACCGGUUGCUAAACAUUUUUCAUCCAACAGAUCCAGUGGCCUAUAGACUAGAACCUUUAAUUCUGAAGCACUAUAGCAACAUUUCUCCAGUCCAGAUCCACUGGUAUAACACCACGAACCCUCUACCUUAUGAGCACAUGAAGCCAAGUUUCCUCAACCCGGCAAAAGAAUCUACCUCAGUCACUGAGAGCGACUCUCUCCCAACACUACCCAGCCCAACGACGUCACCUGUCCUGGCUCGGCGGCACUACGGGGAGUCCAUAACCAAUAUAGGCAAAGCAAGUAUAAUGGGAGCUGCUAGCAUUGGGAAGGGCCUUGGAGGGAUGCUCUUCUCAAGAUUUGGGCGUGCCAGUGCUCCCCAGGCACUUGAGGCAGGAAAAGAAGGGUCAGAACUGGAGGAGAAGAAGCCAACCUUGAGCCAGGCGUCCAUCGGACCUCAGACCUUCCCACACAGCAGCUCUGGCUUCUUAGAUCCGACAAUGGACCUGGAGCACAGGAUCGACUUUGAGCUCAGGGAAGGCCUGGUGGAGAGCAGGUACUGGUCAGCUGUCACAUCACACACGGCUUACUGGUCCUCCCUGGACAUUGCUCUCUUUCUUCUCACCUUCAUGUACAAGCAGGACCAAGAGGAGGAAGAGGAAGAUGGCAUCAAGUCGCACUUAGAGCCUGUUUGAUUGUAGCCUUGGGGGGUGGGUGGGGGGUAGGGAGGGAGGGACCUAGGGAGAGAGGAUGGAACUUGACAAGUGGCACAAAGCAGCCUGAGUUCAACUUCUGUUUCUAAGGCAUGGAGGUUUCAGGUUUAAAUGCAUGUCUGGAUUCCUUUCUUCCAAAAUUAUUUCUCCUUUGCUGCACAUUUCCACUUCUGUGCUGAUUGAGGCUUCACCAGAAGGCUACUCUCCGUUCCCACUCUUACUGCCUGUAGUGGCACCAUCGGCAUCCAUCUCCCCAGGUUCGCAUAACUGCUGUUUAACAGAAUUCGGUUUUUUUAAGUGCAAAGAUUACUCUGGUUCCAGAAUUCAUUUUCAUUUCAGGAAAAAAAAUGCCUGCAAACCUAAAACAGCCAUGCUCUGUGUCCUUUGUAUUGGUAAAUAAGAAGCAAGUGGGUAUCAUUGUUCUAAUCUGAAGUCUGUUGCUCCGGGUUCCAUUGAAAUUCCUUUGGAAUGGCAGGCACAAAGGGGUGUGCUAACACAACUCACCCGGAAACUAAAACAGGCAUGAGGCAAAUAUUUUGAAAUACUGUAAUUAUAAUUUAUUAUUACCUCUGACUAACCGUUUUGUUUCACUCCAGUAUGUAAAAAGCGUUACUUUUCUACUAUUUUUCCCCGUUUUUGUUUUCGUUGGGGGGGGGCAUAAUUUAAAGAACCACAUUUAUUUUCUACAGUGUUAAGACUUUAUUCCUCAAAGGACAUAUCUUUGUACUAUUCAAAAGGAGCUAUGGACACUGUGGCACACUUUUCAGUAUUUUUUCAUUAAAAAUAAACAUUUGUGGAUCACACAAACAACACUUGCUGAACAGUUCUUCUCUGUGGGUAAGUAAAGUCUCUGUGAAGAGCAGGCUCCUCCCUGCAUAGCAUGCACUUUGGAGAACAUGCAGCACUUCAUUUUCUUCUCAAAUUCUAAAAUGUUAUUUAGGAAUUUCAAUGCAAGCAAGUGGCGGAAGCUGAGUCUUCAACUUCAACUUCCUGAGUCAUCAAGGAGCGUAUUAACACGAGCAUACGGCCCUGGACAUUUGGACUAGAGUUCCCUAAGCUAGGGCCUUCCAGGUAUUUUGGAUCACAACUCCCAUCAGCCCUAGCCAACACAGCUGGAGAGCACCAGGUUAGGGAAGGGCAGAUUAAACCAUUUUUAAGAUACUUGGGGAAGUGAUGCUGGCCAGGAUCCAAAAAAGAGGCAUCCAUAGUUUUGUCAGCUGUUUUUCUUAACAACUGUUUGCAGUGCCAGUGAGACCAUCUGCUUUCAAAGGGGCCACUUUUGCGGAAAGAACAGCAAAAGUCAGCUUCCAGACAGGCUCCCCAUUCACAUACACUUGAUCUCCUUCCACAGGGCCUGUAAGACAGAGUUAUUCCGCCUGGCCUUCAAUUUAGCCUGAUUCCCCAUUCCUUUUUCCCUUACCUUUUUUUAUGAAGAAACCCUUCUGGGUCCCCACAUUAAAACUCUUCCUUGGUCUCCUUGCUGGCCUUAGCAGGACUAACUUGGCCAGUUAGCCCUGGCGAUGCUACAUUGACGUUGUAUUUUAUGCUGUUUUUAAAGUCGUUUUUAAUCAGUGUUUUAUAUUUGUUGUUAGCCGCCCUGAGCCCGGUUUCUAAACCGGGGUGGGUUAUAAAUAAAAAUUUAUUAUUAUAUUAUUACAUCCCCCUUCUCAGUAUUUCACGUAGCAUUUUCUAAACCCAUAAAGAUGGCUGCUUAUUUGCCUUAUACGUGGAUCUGAGUCUCUUUUUGUCCUGGCUCACCCCAGCUAAAAGAGAAAGACGUCUGAUAGUUUUUAUUGACACAAGAAGCGCUCGCAACUCCUGUGGUGCUCCAGGUGCACACGCCUCUAGCCACUGAGCAACAGGCCCCCACAGAUGUGCGCCCUGUGGGGCAGUUACUGCAACAGUGAUGCCCCACCCCUCUGCCAGCUUAAAUAACCUCCCCUGACAGGUUGCGAGCCCUCAACCUGAGACUUCUCCUGCAUGGAAGUAACCAGACAGCAGGGCAGGGGGAGGUGGGGAGUCUACCGACCCAUCUCUCAAUGCCACAUCCUGCCCACCUUCCUCUGCCUUGGACUGCUCUGACUCCCUCCUCCCCGUGCCCCGGCACCAAACCCCAUAAAUUGCUGGUCCCCUCUCCUGGGUCACCCUCCUGUUCCCCUGACUCCAACAUACACUUCAGAAGCCUCCCAGUCUUGAUGACACUGCACUGUGUCCAGUUCUGGGCACCACAGUUCAAAAAGGAUACUGACCAAAAUGGUCAAAGGUCUGGAAACGAUGCCUUAUGAGGAACGGCUUAGGGAGCUGGGUAUGUUUAGCCUGGAGAAGAGACGGUUAAGGGGUGAUAUGAUAGCCAUGUUCAAAUAUAUAAAAGGGUGUCAUAUAGAGGAGGGAGAGAGGUUGUUUUCUGCUGCUCCAGAGAAGCGGACACGGAGCAAUGGAUUCAAACUACAAGAAAGAAGAUUCCAGCUCAACAUUAGGAAGAACUUCCUGACAGUAAGAGCUGUUCAGCAGUGGAAUUUGCAACCAAGGAGUGUGGUGGAGUCUCCUUCUUUGGAUGUCUUUAAGCAGAGGCUUGACAGGCAUAUGUCAAGAAUGCUUUGAUGGUGUUUCCUGCUCGGCAGGGGGUUGGACUGGAUGGCCCUUGUGGCCUCUUCCAACUCUACGAUUCUAUGACACCUUUCAAUUCAGUUCAAUUCUACACCUUUAUUGGCAUAUAUAAGACAAUAAAAACCAUAUAGACCGUCCAUAUGUGUUAUAAUUCUAAAACAUACAGUAAAGAGGGAAUCCUCGGCAAUCACUAUUAUACAGACCAAACUACCCCAGAUUUAACUUCAAACUUCAAAGAUCCUGGUCAAAAAUUGUACCAUAACUCUAGUGAGAACAGGAGAGUCAUCUCUCAAUAGAGACUGCGCCACGUGUUGUUUAUUGGGGGGGGGGGGCAAGCCACAGAGAGGACACCGAAGGAUCAUCACGGAAGAUGUUAAAAAGAGGACAAUCCAAAAUUAUGUGGUCUUUCUGGCCACAGGUGCAAAGUCUAUUCUGGUAAGAGAUGCCUCUGAGCCUUCCAGAUAACACGGAGGACGGAAAGGCAUUCAAGUGGGCCAGCAUAAAUACUCUGUGGUGUAAUUGGGUCUCUUGAUUGUAAAAAUAAUUGGGCAUCAUUCCAUGAUGGGGUUGCAACCCCAGGUAGGCAGGGGAGCAUACGGAGGGCUGGGAAGGGUAGUUUUUUAAAAAAUUCAUUAUCUAGCAGCCUCUGCUUGAGUGCAAAAAUGUGUGAUUCUUCAAGUGGCAAGAGGGAAUCCACUGUAAAGCCUAUUAAAGCACAGAAAACCACACUAGCACAUAGGAAUUGCAAACAGCAAUCAAGCAAUUUAAAACCAGCCCACAAGCAUAUUUAAAUAAAAGCUGAAAGUUGUUACCGAAAUGGGCAGUCCUUGGAAGAACAAUAUUCUUACAAUCUCCUGAUUUCAGAAGUAUAAGAACUGCAUGGAAAUGUUAUUAUACAAACUGGCAGUUUGUGUGUUACGUUGCAAAUUUGGUAGUUUGGUAGAAUGGCAGCAUGCUUGAGGGCUUUUGGAACAGGGUGGGUAUCUUCAGUAGUUGUUUGUUGUGUGUUGGAAUGUCAAAGGUUGCUUCAUUUUCUGUCACUUUGGAAUGCAAGUGAGCUUCUGCCAUCUUAACAGUCAUGAAAUGGGCUUAAAAACAGACUCCACGGAAAUCCUUUCAAGAUCUGUGAUUAUCUCAAAUUUGUGAAGGCAAAGCUUAAUGUCAGAGCGAUUUGGAAUGCUUAUUUCUCUGAAGGAACAGACAGUAAAAAAAAGAAAACAUGGCAUAGAACUGGAAAACUCACAUGCCGUCUGAUCAUGUCCACAAGCCUGAGCUCAUUGGUGAGAUAGAAGAGGUGCUUAAAAAUGGCAUCCGCUAUUACCAGCUUUAAACGUCAGGCAAUUGCUCUUAUUAAUAUAUAAAGUAACAUUAAAUGAAUGUGGCCUUUGGCAGCUACAGAGUACCGGUACAUUUAGCUUACCAACGAUGAGUGCUCAUGGACUUCACAGAUUUGGAAGGAAGGCCUUCUCAAUGCCCAAAGUUAGUAGUUAGUACGUUUCUGAGCACAAUUCAAAGUGUUGGUGCUGACCUUUAAAUCCCUAAACAGCUUCGGUCCAGUAUACCUGAAGGAGCGUCUCCACCUCCAUCGCUCUGCCCAGACACUGAGGUCCAGUGCCGAGGGCCUUCUGGCGGGUCCCUCGCUGUGAAAAGCCAAGUUACAGGGAACUAGGCAGAGGGCCUUCUCGGUAGUGGCACCUGCCCUGUGGAACGCCCUCCCACCAGAUGUCAAAGAGAAAAACAUCUGCCAGACUUUUAGAAGGCAUCUGAAGGCAGCCCUGCUUAGGGAAGCUUUUAAUAUUUAACAGACCAUUGUAUUUU